UAUAUACUGAUCAUAAUAAAUAUGUACUUGAAAAUUUGACAUUAUAAUAUCAAAUUUUAGUUUCAAUAUUAAUUCUUCAUUGAAGCAAAUGGCCAUGCUCGAGGCUGACCGUCCUGUACUAGCCUCAUUUCUUGUUUCUGUUCUUCUCCUCACUCAGCUUGUCGAGUCUGAUUUGCAGGUUAUCAGAACCGUAGAAGAGGAUAAUCUGAUCCUGGAGAAAAUAGAUUGCGAUGCAGCAUGUGAGAGUAGGUGCCAGUUAUCGUCAAGGCCGCAUCUGUGCAUGAGGGCGUGCGGGACAUGCUGCGCUCGUUGUGACUGUGUUCCUCCUGGCACUUACGGCAACUACGAUGCCUGCCCUUGCUACGCCAACAUGACCACUCAUGAAGGCAGACACAAGUGCCCUUGAAUUGGGAUUUCUUCCCCCGUAUACAUUGUAAUACGCACUCUUAUACUGGAAAAUUAUGAUCUAAAAUUACGAAAACACAUACCCUUGUAACUAAAAUUGUUUACGAUGCAAGACUGUAAACAUAAAUAUAUUUAUGUUUAAAAAUUAUA